AUGUAUGCUUUCGGUCUCUCAUUGUUUUCAACUUCUGCAUCAGUCUUCUCCCUUAUAAACCCUAGUGUAACAGUGUCGGUGAAUGAGAAGAAAUUCAUCGAGUCUGCAUUACUAUCUGAACUUAGAGUUGAUGGUAGGCGUCCUUUCGAUUAUAGAAAACUAUAUAUCAUCUUCGGAAGGGAUGCUCAUGGUGUGAUGAUGGCGAAGGAGAUGUCGAUAAAGGCAGAAGAGAAAAACAUAAAUGAUGGUGAAGAGGCGGAAGGCUCUGUUAAGACUUCCAUCAGCAUGAGAAGCUUCCCUCCAGUGAGUGCAAGCUCUGAAGAUGUUCCUGCUGUCGCAUACAAUAUGGAUGGAAUUAGAAAUAAAACAGAGCAACCAUGGAGGCUCGUGCUGAAGGGCGAUAAAAUAGAAAUGAGUGCAAAUGCUCUUGGUUUAACUAUGGAGAGCAAUGGGAUCAGAAUUUUAGAGCCUUUUGAUACUUCUGUCAAGUUCUCAAAUGCUUCUGGGAAAACAAAUAUCCAUGUUGCAGUUUCAGAUAUAUUCAUGAAUUUUUCUUUCAGCACAUUACAGCUAUUUUUAACAGUUGAGGAGGAUAUAUUAAAGUUCCUGAGGAUGACAUCCAGGAAAAUAACGGUUUCCUGCUCUGAGUUUGACAAGCUUGGCACAUUUCAAAGUGCCCAUAACAACCAAACAUAUGCAUUUUGGAGACCGCAUGCACCACCUGGCUUUGCUAUUCUUGGCGACUACAUGACAGCAACUGACAAGCCACCAUCAAAAGGAGUUCUUGCUGUAAAUACUCGCUAUGUAAAGAUCAAGAAGCCCGAGGCCUUCAAACUAGUUUGGCCCCCUUCUGAUUCUCAAGGUGCUGGCAACCUUGAGCUUGUCCCUGAAGAUGGGGAAGAAAGUUGUUCCAUUUGGUUUCCGGUUGCACCAAAAGGAUACGUUGCCUUGGGAUGUGUGGUUUCUCCAGGAAAGACACAGCCUUCACUCUCCUCUGCCUUCUGCAUACAUGCUUCUUUGGUGCAUUCACUGAUUGGAGGAUUUUGUGCAUCACCUGUUAACUUCCAUGCUAAAGAUGGCUCAGGCUACAAGUUCUUGGGAGACCAUGUGCUGCAACUUGACAAACUGAACCCUCAGGUGGCGUCUAGGAUGGUUUCAGCCUUUUCUAGAUGGAAGCGGUAUGAUGAUACCCGCCAAAACCUUGCCAAGGCUGGUGUCAAAAAGCUUGCAGAUGUUCACUUUUCCCUCAUUUGA